GUGAGACACACAUGUCAUCCAUUUUGAAUAAAUUUAAGAAGUAGACGCCAUCUGAGACUCCCAGUGCAAUCAAAUUGGAGAACACAUCUUUUGGUUAAUAAGCUGGAACUUAUUAGCCCCCAGUCAUCCCUGCCAUUUAAUUACCCUAAUCCAAUCAACCAAGAUAAAAAGGAAGACCAGGUGGAGGUAAGAAUUAAUGAAUUACAAAAGGUUGGGAUGAUGAACCUUAACCCUAACCAGAACAAAUUAGUGUUUCAAAUAAUAAAGCAACCAACUCAAUUAAUUUAUUGAAUAAUACUCCACCAAAAUAGAAUGAAUAAUAAAUUCACAAUGACGUACUUCUGCCUCCUCAACCUGCCAUAGGAAACAUUUAAUUGAGCAGAAUCACGGACUAUAGAAAAGGAUAGCUGUUAACUUAUGAAGAAUUGGAAUUAGGAGGAUUGUAAGAUAUAUCUUGAAAUUUAGUGAUUAUGAAUUUCAUCUGGUCAAUGAAGUCAUUAAAUUGGGUGGCAUCAAAUUGAAGCAAAGUGACAAUGUUCUUAAAGAAUUUGCCAGAGCAAUUUCAACUAUUUAAGAAUAACUUAUAGGCAGCAUACUUUUAAAUAAGCUGCAUAGUGAGGAUAACUGGAAAGUCUAGAUUGUAAGAUAUUCACUUAAUUCUUAGAGAUGCAUUUACGCUAUUCAAUACGUGUGUCAAUAGUAUUAAAACUAUAGAGAAUUCUUCUAAGUUAAUUAAUAAUAUCUGAGAGUUGAAACUGAUUAAUAGCUACUAUCAGGAGCUAUCGAUUAGACAUUAGCUGAAGUUAAUGGCUAGUAAGUUUCAAAAUAAAAGGUAAUUAAAAAUUAAAUAAUUCAAAGGAAUUUUAAUUUGAAUUUAGAGAACCACCUAAGCCACAGUCACAAUAAUAGUAAUCAUAAUCAACUUCAUAAAACCAAUAGACAAAUUUAAUUGAUAUUUUGGAUGCUUCUUAAAAUGAUGCAUAAUAAAAACAAUAGCAAUAAAAACUUAAUCUAAAAUAAUUGAAAAUUAAACAACCUACUGCUUAACCAUAAUAAUAAUAACCAUUAGUAUAAUAAUAACCAUUAGUAUAAUAAUAACAAAUACCAUAGUAAUAACCCUUAGCCCAAUAGAAAAAUACAUAAUAACUUAACUUAUUAGAUGCAUUUAGCGAUAUUUCUUUAGAAAAUUAUAAUUAAUAAUAAUUUUAACCAUAAUAAUUAUAAAUAACCCAAUAACAAUAAUAUUAACAAUCACAUUAAUAAUAAUAAUAAGUAUAAUAGCAAUAACAAAAAUAAUAACAAUAAUAAUAAAAUGGUAUAAGUUUUGAUGACUUACUUAAUUCAUAGAGUACCAAUCAAUAGUAAACGUAACCAAAAAAGAAUGCCUUUGGAUUCUUAAAAAAAGAUCAAUAAUAGCCAGUGUAGACUAAUUAAUAGCCAAUAAAUUUACUGAAUUCUCCUCCACAAUAAUAUCAAUAACAGCCUUAAAUUUAUAAUUAGGUUCCAUAAUUGCAACCAUAUAAUUUUUAUAAUCAAUCUCAAAGCAAUUAAAGUCAAUAGAUUUAUUAACAACCCCAAGCGCAAUUUAACAAUCAAUAGUAAUCAUAAAAUAAUAAAAAGGAUUUAAUUGAUUUUCUAAAUUUGUGA